AUGCAGCUAGCCUUUUCACGCUCCUUUCCUCCUCUCCCCCUCCUCUCCCCCUCCUCUCCCCCUCCUCUCCCCCUCCUCUCCCCCUCCUCUCCCCCUCCUAUUCCCCUCCUCUCCCCCUCCUCUCCCCCUCCUCUCCCCCUCCUAUUCCCCUCCUCUCCCCUCCCUCCCUCCUCUCUCCCUCCUCCCUCCCCCCUCCUCUCACCUGUUUACUUCUGCACCGUUCCCCCUCUCCUCUCCCGUUUCCCCUCUCCUCUCCCGUUCCCCCUCUCCUCUCCCGUUCCCCCUCUCCUCUCCCGUUUCCCCAUGCCUGUAGCUUAUAGCAUACGACUCAUUAAUGCAUCCGCUGAAAUGCACCUCUCUCCUUCGCUCCACCUUCGCUCCCUCCUCUCUCCCCCUCCGCUCUCCCCAUCCUCUCUCCCCCUCCUCUCUCCCCCUCCGCUCUCCCCCUCCUCUCUCCCCCUCCUCUCUCCCCCUCCUCUCUUCCCCUCCUCUCUCCCCCUCCGCUCUCCCCCCUCCUCUCUCCCCCCUCCGCUCUCCCCCUCCUCUCUCCCCCUCCGCUCUCCCCCUCCUCUCUCCCCCUCCUCUCUCCCCCUCCUCUCUCCCCCUCCGCUCUCCUCCUCCUCUCUCCCCCUCCUCUCUCCCCCUCCUCUCUCCCCCCCUCCGCUCUCCCCCUCCUCUCUCCCCCUCCUCUCUCCCCUCCGCUCUCCCCCUCCUCUCUCCCCCUCCUCUCUCCCCCUCCUCUCUCCCCCUCCUCUCUCCCCCUCCUCUCUCCCCAUCCGCUCUCCCCAUCCUCUCUCCCCCUCCUCUCUCCCCCUCCGCUCUCCCCAUCCUCUCUCCCCCUCCUCUCUCCCCCUCCGCUCUCCCCCUCCUCUCUCCCCCUCCGCUCUCCCCCUCCUCUCUCCCCCUCCUCUCUCCCCCUCCUCUCACCUGUUCACUUUCACAAAGACGGUCCCUAGGUCUCCAACCCCCCUGCUGUUCCCCCCCGCCUGUAGCUUAUAG